AUGGCACGAGUCGACUUGGACGGAAACCCGAUCCCGCCGAUGACGAUAUGCAUGAUCGGCGGCGGCGGGUUCAUCGGAUCCCACCUCUGCGAGAAGCUUAUGGCUGAAAGCACCCACAAGGCCAUCGUCGUCGACGUCUCCUCCGAGAAGAUCAACCACCUCCUCGAACGUUCCCUCCCUUGGGCUAACCGCAUCGAGUUUCAUCAGAUGAACAUCAAGAACGAUUCUCGCCUCGAAACCCUCGUCAAAGCUUCCGAUCUCACGAUCAAUCUUGCUGCGAUUUGCACGCCGGCGGAUUAUAACACGCGCCCGUUGGACACCAUCUACAGCAAUUUCAUUGAUGCGAUUCCGGUGAUUAAGUAUUGCACUGAGAACAAUAAGCGUUUGAUCCAUUUUUCUACGUGCGAGGUCUUUGGGAAGACUAUUGGUAGCUUUCUCCCUGAGGAAUAUCGAAAGGACCCAGAAUACUACAUGCUUAAAGAAGAUGUCAGUCCUUGUAUUUUUGGUCCGAUUGAGAAGCAGAGAUGGUCUUAUGCCUGUGCAAAGCAAAUGACUGACAGGCUUAUAUAUGCUGAGCACGCGGAGAAUGGCCUCAAGUUCACCAUUGUGAGACCUUACAACUGGAUUGGCCCAAGAAUGGACUUCAUUCCUGGUGUGGAUGGCCCAAGUGAUGGUGUCCCCAGAGUUUUAGCUUGCUUCAGCAAUAAUCUCCUGCGAGGCGAGCCACUCAAACUUGUUGAUGGUGGACAAUCACAGAGAACUUUUCUCUACAUCAAAGAUGCAAUUGAAGCUGUUAUGUUAAUGAUUGAUAACCCUGAGAGAGCAAAUGGGCAUAUCUUUAAUGUGGGAAACCCAGACAAUGAAGCAUCUGUGAAGGAACUAGCUGAGCUUAUGAUACAGGUUUAUGCAAAGGUGUCUGGUGUACCUGCGUCUAGUCUAUCAACUCUGAAUGUGAGUUCAGAGGAUUUCUAUGGUAAAGGCUAUGAUGAUAGUGACAGGCGCAUCCCUGAUAUGACAAUUAUCACCAGGCAGCUUGGUUGGAAGCCAAGGACACCUCUUCAUGAAUUGUUGGAUGUUACCCUCCAAUAUCAACACCAGACAUAUUCUCAUGCUAUCACGAAAGAACUUUCAAAACCGUCAAAUUGA